AGUUCCUUAAUUUUCUUGAACAUCCCCAAAGAAAACCCAACUUUUCAACACGUAAUCUUUCAACAAAUUUUGUUUCAUCUGGGGAAAAAGCCCGAAUCUUUCAUUUUAAUUAGUGGUAAUUGAAUCAGAUCAGAAGAAAAAAAUGGGGUGGAGAAAAUGGGGAGUAGGAGUUGUAGUAGUAGUAGGAAUUAUUACAGGAAAAGAAGUAAGCAAGAAUUAUGGGUUAGAUAAAGAUGCAUUAAUGGAGGUUUUUAAGAGAUUAUCAGAUCAAUUAGGAAUUUGGGCAAUUCCAGCUUAUGUGGGUGUUCAUACUUUAACAUUGGCUCUUUGUUUGCCUUCUGCUGUUUUCUUUGAAGCUGCUGCAUCUCUUCUUUUUGGGUUUUUUCCUGCUGUUCUUUGUGUUUUUUCUGCUAAAGUUCUUGCUGCUUCUCUCUCCUUUUGGAUUGGAAGGCUCGUCUUCAUGAGUUCAAGUUCAGCAAGGCAGUGGGUGCAGAGUAACAAGCAUUUUCACGUGCUCGCCAAAGGUGUGGAGCAAGAUGGUUGGAAAUUCGUCCUUCUUGCCCGGUUUUCUCCCGUCCCUUCUUAUGUCAUCAAUUAUGCUAUGGCUGCUACUAAGGUCAGAUUUUUUGUGGAUUUUCUUCUUCCUACCAUUAUUGGCUGCUUGCCGAUGAUUUUGCAAAAUACUUCUAUCGGAAGUCUUGCUGGUGCUGCUGUUGCUUCAGCAUCCGGCUCUCAAAAAUCAAAGCUUUCUUCAUAUAUUUUCCCACUUAUCGGGAUAAUGUCUAGUAUUCUUAUCUCAUUCAGGAUCAGAACUUACUCUAAAAGUAUUUCGUUUGAAUCUUCUGCAAUUGAUAAUCCUAGCAAUUCCGAAAACACUGUUGAGUCAUCUCAACCAUUAACCAGUACCAAGAAAGCUAAUACCGUGAAGAAAAGGCAAUAAUGUCAUUCAAAUUUUCUCGUGUUUUCGAUCUUUAUGUGAUCCCUCAUUUUGAUUUGUUUUAGAUCAUGUAGCCAACCCUAUAUGUUGGGUUUAAGGCUUAUUAAUAUUUAUAGAGUCCAUUUUCAGAAUUAUAUGUAUUUUAUUCUAUUUCAUUAUAGAAAUAAUACAGUACUUUUCAGUUCUUAAUAUCAUAGAUUGAGGGCUUCUAUGCUAAGUUGCUAACAUGGAAUUUAACAGACACCCUUGGUCUUUUCGCCUGUUACUUUUACGUCCUUAUGAAUCACAUUUUGCUUGUCUUUCUUCCAAUGAACCGAGGUUUCUGGUAUGUGCAACGAGCCACUUGUAUCACCUUCGCUUGGUUGGACUUCCACUGUGAAACUAAUCCUUGGAACAGGUUCUUUGAGUUCUACUAGUGCUUGUUGUAUGUGUGAGAGUAGUUUGUCGACCAUUUGCCUCCCGAAGUCCUCUCUGACCACAACCCGGAGGAUUGUGACGUGCUCAAUGUCAGCGGGCAUUGUGUAUGCUGGUACAAUCCAUCCAUAGUGCCGCAAGGCUUUUGAGAGGUCAAAUGCGAGACUUUUAUACUCGUCUUUGAAGGCAAAGGCCACAAGUGGUAUCCCUUGUUCUUUCGAGACGACAUCAAAUCUAUCCAUUUUCUGCAAUCCUUUUUGGAGUGUUCUUGCAUUAUUUAUGCAAUUUUUGAUGACAUUUUUGUACCCCUAUAGAAUUAAAUUACUGUUAGCGUAGCAAAAAUCUUCUUUUUAUGCGGUAAAGUGUUGUGUGAAAUUAAUGCUCAUUGUUGUUGGUCUUUGGCUGUUGGCUGUAUGAAAACUCUAAUCAUAGUAACUUUUUGGUUUUAGCUUGAUAGCCGACUUUUUAGCUGUCUUAAACGACAUUUACCAAAAACGCUUUUUUUACCUAUUUGCAACCAGAAAGCCUAAACUCAAAGUCAAGUUAAAAGUCAUUUACCAAAUACCCCCUAUAACUAUCAAACACGUCCCCUCACCCAACAAUCAAGGAGAUUUCAUGUGGUUAAAUUAGAAGACAUAAUUUCAUUUGGGUAAGUUCUUGAAUAUAUUGACUUUAUGGUUAAUGUUGGUUUUUAGCAGUUUUUGGAACCUCUAAUCUCUAAUUCUAUUUUAAGUCAAAUAAAUUGUUUUCCAGCUCUUUAGCUAUGCAAGUUGUAAUUAAUUCUGCUGAUGAAGUAAAAAUUUAGAUAUUUUUAGUAGAAAUGUUGCAGGUUUCUGCUACUUUCGGCCUUUGGAUACAGUUGAUUAUGGAAAGGCGAUUUUAGGCUGAUAGCUUGUUUUCCCCAACAAGUGUAUUUGGAAUGCAAAUCGGUGACUGAAUCGGGAGCUUUGAUCAGCUCUUCUAGACUAGAAGUAGAAAGAAGAGUCGAAGACGCAUACCUCAAAUCCCAGCCUUAGGAACUGAUAGUAUUGUGCGACAAUUUGGCUUGCUCCUGCAUGUCGGUAAGUCAUGUAAGUAGUCUAAUUCAGGGCAGACCCUCUUUUCCCCCCCUGUCCCGAAAGUCAUCGGCAUAGUGUAUGUUAUUCGCAAUACCUUUCGAGAAAUUAAGAGUAAAUGUAGGUUGAUCAGCGCCAAGGUAGUUGAUAUGGAAGACUAGCUCCUCGGGAAGAUCUUCUUUGCUCCUCCAGAGGACCCACCCAACUCCGGCAUAAACAAGACCAUACUUAUGGCCGCUUACAUUUAUACUCUUCACCAACGGUAGUCUAAAAUCCCAUUCGAGCUCUGGGUAUACAAAUGGUGCCACAAAUCCUCCGCUUGCUGCAUCUACGUGUAUUGGAGUGUUCCAUCUGGCAUUCGCAUGACAUAACUAGUGAAAAAGAGAAGGGAUUAAGGGAUUGAUUUGAAUCUAGGACAGUUCACUGAUGUUAAAAACUUACCCGGUUUUCUUGUUCUUUUUGGCAAGUAGGUUAUUCAACAGCUUGACGUCUUCAAACUCUCCGUUAAGGGAUGAUCCUAGAAUAGCAGCCACACAUAUUGUGUUCUCAUCCACCAAUUCGACCGCUUUCACGGGGUCCAUCACAUAGCAACCUUCAGUUAGCUUCACUUCUUUCAGCUCUACAUCAAAGUACCUUGCGAAUUUUUCCCAGCACACCUGUGAGGUAGAAGAUGAUGAUAUGAGAUAACAAUUCAUAUCAAGGGUCAGUCUGAAACAACCUGUGUUGCUAUUAUAAGGGUAAGAUUGCAUAUAUUCGACCCUUUAGACUCUGUCUAGAUGGAAUUCACUUAAUGACAUUGCUGUAAUGAAAUGUUUACACCUACGAAUUAGCGAAGGAGAUUUCUACAAAGUUGAUUGUGCGCUUACUGUACACCAAAAAUGUGAAGUGUUGAAAUUCGGGAAAUUGUGUACCUGGACAUUGGCGCCAGUUACAAUAUUUGGUCUAUCAUAGGGCUUCCUUUCUGCUUUUCUUUGAUUUUGCCAUUUCUUCUUGAAAGCUAAUCCGGCCAACAUUAUUGCUUCCGAUGACCCCACUGUUGCCACUCCGACUGCUUGUCCAUGUUUGCUAUUCUCUAAUGGUGCAUGAAACAAGCGCCCGAUCAUAUUUACACACCUAUUCUGCAGAUUCAGGGUCAGGGAUAUGGAGGUUAGAGAAUUUGGGAAUUUGAAAGAUUUCUAGUUAAUUACAUGCAUAACACGAGCUCAACUAGACCUGAUUACAAGUACAACGACCUAUGAAAGUGGUGACUCGUGAGCAUGGCUAGCUUUUUUCUCGCAAUUUGGUGUGCCCACGUACAACGCUUUGUGGUUUCGACAAAACUAACUUGAUUAUUAUUUACUACUCACUAUUUAAACUUUUGAUUAGUCGGGGAUUCGUUCCAAACAUUCCCAAGUAUACACAACAUGAACUCAACUAGGCCUCUACACUUUUAUGAUGCAAAUGGAGUGCUUUGGUAGAUUGAAAAUCUUAUGAUGAUUGCUAAUACGCUACGAUACUAUAGUCAUGUAGACCGUGUUGUACUCUCUUAACAAGCGCGUAAAAGUGUCAUAAACGCACGUUCGAUAAAGUAAGCGUACCUGGAGC